CUUGGAAAUGCCGGUAGUGACGUCACUUCCAGGUGGGAGUUAAGAAAUGUGGCCUUAGAUUGUAGUGAACGGGAAGAGACCGAGGUAGCUGAUAAAUACGUUUGAAGCUCGGCUCACCAACUUAGCUUCGCUUGUUUAUUCCGUUACAUUUCUCAUCUGCGAAUAUGGCCGAUGUCGAGCAGGGAUCGGCGCUGCCGAGCGACGCGCUGUCUCUGGACGGUCUCAACGCUACAGUUUCCAACGGCACCGACUCCGUGAAUGCCACGGCGGCCAAGUUCGUCUCGUCUCCGGAGGGACCCGCGCUGGCGUACGGUAGCCUGGUCUUCAUGGCGCUGCUUCCCAUCUUCUUUGGCGCUCUGCGCUCCAUUAGCUGCGCCAAAAGCAAGAAUUCCGCAGACAUGCCGGAGACCAUCACUAGCCGGGAUGCUGCGCGCUUCCCCAUCAUCGCCAGCUGCACGCUCUUUGGAUUAUAUCUCUUCUUCAAGGUUUUCUCUCAAGAAUACAUUAACCUGCUACUCUCCAUGUACUUCUUCGUGCUGGGCAUUUUGGCCCUGUCUCACACCAUGAGCCCUUUCAUGAGCCGUGUGUUCCCAGUCAACCUGCCGAACAGACAGUACCAGCUGCUAUUCACGCAGGGAUCAGGGGAGGGCAGGGAGGAAAUAGUCAAUUACGAGUUUGACACGAAAGACUUGGUGUGUCUGUGCAUCAGCACCGUGGUGGGAAUCUGGUAUGUCCUCACGAAGCACUGGGUGGCCAACAACCUGUUUGGGCUGGCAUUCGCGCUGAACGGUGUGGAACUGCUGCACCUCAACAACGUGAGCACAGGCUGCAUCCUACUGGGCGGCCUCUUCGUCUAUGACGUGUUCUGGGUUUUCGGGACCAACGUUAUGGUGACAGUGGCCAAGUCAUUUGAGGCGCCAAUAAAGUUGGUGUUCCCACAGGACCUGCUGGAGAAGGGUCUGGAAGCCAACAAUUUUGCCAUGCUGGGUCUCGGUGACAUCGUCAUCCCAGGUAUCUUCAUUGCAUUACUCCUGCGGUUCGACGUCAGCCUGAGGAAAGACUCCCGCACCUAUUUCUACACCAGCUUCCUGGCCUACAUCUUCGGCCUGGGACUCACCAUAUUUGUGAUGCACACCUUCAAGCACGCCCAGCCUGCCCUGCUCUACCUAGUCCCAGCAUGCAUUGGGUUUCCAGUGGUGGUGGCCCUAGUGAAAGGAGAGCUCACGGAGAUGUUCAGGUAUGAAGAAUCACUGUCGGAGGCAGAUCCUGUGCCCAAGGAUGAGGCAGAGGCCGAGAAGAAGGAACAGUAACCAGCAGGAUACCCCCCACCACCCCCCCCCCAAUCCCCGCCUCUGCAUUUCAUGCACGUACCACAGGGUGGUGCUGUCCACACCUUCGUCCAUGGAACUGCCUGAUGUAUUAAAUGAUGACUGUACGGCAUUGGAUAUCCUGUAGCAUUUAAGUGGUUCGUUCAGUGUGACAGUAACCUGGUGCCUGUUCGUCCCGCCCUCGAAUCUCUCCGGGCCACUCACCCCUCAUGUGAGGUUUCUGUCAACAUCCUAAAGGCCAGAAUGUUAAAUUUGUCCGAGUGGAGUCCGGCGUUUGACGGGGAUGUGCUGAAAUGUGACCUUUCAUGGCACAAAAACAUUUAUCCCGAAUCAGCGCUGCUCUUCUUCUCUUUACAGAAACAUUUGAGUAAGAUGGUUUGUUAAGCAUCAUGGAGGGAGACAGAAAUCUCAAUAUCAUGGUUUUUUUUUUCUCUUUUCUAUUCAUUCGUCUCGUGCAUUUGGACACGCUUUUACUGUGCAGAUUUUAUGGAUUUUGCAGACAUACGUUUAAUCUCGUGUUUUUAAACUGGCACCCUGUCUUUAAAUGAAGGUGGGUGUGCAAUUCGGUAAACUAUGACGGAGCUGAAAAUGUGAAUUUGGGGACUUUCUCGUUGAUAAUUUUUCGACCUUGCAGAUGAACACCUGUAGUAUUGUAACUGGUGAGUGUCUUUUAGUUUUCGGCUGAGUUCUCAGUUUAUAGUCACUUGGGCUGGGUGUGCCCAGAGACCUGAAGUACAAGUCUUGCUUUCUGUUUAAACUUCCUCGGUUGUGUCUGCUUCCUGCCCUCCUGGCCUGGCGGGGAUCACCGUGGCACUAGUCCUAGCUGGCUGCUUGGAGUCGGUGUGAUGAUCGUGCCGCUUGCCAGGUCUAGUGCCGGCAGAGCUGUAAGCGUGAGAAGACUGUUCUGGGUGGACAAGACCAUGAUGAUGACCGUCUGUCAUGUGAGGUGUGGACUUUGCCGACACCCCCCCCCUCACCUGUGACGUCAGUGUAGACCAUCCAUACCUCAGUGGCCACUUUUCUUGUUAGGGUUCGUCCAGAAGCUGUUCCAGGAAACAUAAGGAUUAACAAGAGUUGCGAGGUGCCAUGGGUCCCUGCGAUGGGUUUCCAGCUUGCGCUAAUGACCUCUAAGGCUUAUGGUGAUAGUUCACCACAGAUAGACCAACAUCCAUCCCAUUUGAGGGUGACCUACCAAGCCUGUAGCUGCCCCACAGUUAUCAGUACAGAUGAUGACGGAUCCAGUGUCCUUCCCGCAAUAGUGGGUCGGCCUCUCCAACAACAAACAGUGCAUUGCCUGUAGUCAGGGCAUCUUUCUUGAUCGUUUUGCAGUUAGAAUUAUCAUCCUACCUUCAGCCUGACAUUUUAAGAUUCUGGCCUUUCAGGGGAUGGAGUUGGGCACCUUGUGAUUUUUUUUUUUGUUCUGCUGGGUGAGUGGCUUCAAAGGGAUGGAUGUAACGGACACGUUUGUGUUGUGAUCUCCCAAGGGUACCUUGCUUCGGCGCCGUGUACGGUGAGUUAUCCUGUCUUUUUGCUUAUGUUUUUCUCCUGAUGUAUCAAUGCAAGUGGAGGGCAGCUUCCUUGGUUGAAAAGCAGGUCCUUUUCUUGUAGUAAAGUGUGGUGGUGCCACUCUGAAGAUGCA